AAUUCCAGAUUCUAUACUACCCGGUCCAUAAACCAAUGAAAUCCCCAGAAUCAAACCUGUCUGAUGGGAGGACCAAACCUGAGGAUGUAAUUUAAACCAGUGUUUUAACACGUAAAAGUAUCCUAUUAACCUUAACUGAGAUGACGGUUCACAGAAUUUUUUUGACUCUCAUUUUGAAAUGGAGAAAUGGUUUGGAGAAGUACUUCUGUCUUAGACUCCACCUCCACAGCAUUAUAUUCUACAGGAAAGAGAACCAGAGGAGCUGAAAGACUGUGAACUUCUCAAAGAGAGAAGACUGCUGGAACUGUGGCAUUUCAGACUACUUGACAUGAAGACACAGCUCUGAGAAGACAAUUUGAUAAUCUUGUGGUAACCCUGGAGUCCUCUUGAAGGUAACUAUGGAUUGGAUCAACUCCUCUGGUCAUGUGAUCAGUGUGUCUACCUCGUUAACUAACAGCACUGGUGUUCCAACUCCUGCCCCCAAAGCAAUCAUUGCUGCUGCUUUGUUCACGUCCUUUAUAAUCGGUGCCGUCAGCAACGGCCUCUAUCUAUGGAUGCUGAAAUUCAAGAUGCAAAGGACCGUCAAUACGCUUUUAUUUUUCCAUCUCAUUCUCUCCUAUUUUAUCUCCACAUUGAUUCUGCCCUUCAUGGCCACCUCCUUCCUUCAGGACAAUCACUGGGCCUUCGGAAGUGUCUUGUGCAAAGUCUUCAACAGCACAUUGUCGGUGAGCAUGUUUGCCUCUGUUUUCUUCCUCUCCGCCAUCAGCGUUGAUCGUUAUUACGUCAUUCUCCACCCAGUGUGGUCCCAGCAGCACCGCACCCCACGCUGGGCUUCCCGAAUUAUUUUUCGAAUCUGGAUUUCUGCCACUAUCCUCAGCAUGCCCUAUUUAGUUUUCAGGAAGACACACGAUGACCAUAAAGGAAAAAUUAAAUGCCAGAAUAACUACAUCGUGUCUGCCAACUGGGAGAGCAAAGAGCACCGGACACUAGGGCAGCGGAUUCAUGCCGCCUGCUUCGCCGGCCGCUUCUUGCUGGGUUUCCUCCUACCUUUCCUUGUUAUCGUCUUUUGCUACAAACGAGUGGCCACCAAGAUGAAAGAGAAGGGACUCUUUAAAUCCAGCAAGCCCUUCAAAGUCAUGCUGACUGCUGUCAUCUCUUUCUUCCUGUGUUGGAUGCCCUACCAUGUAUACAGUGGCUUGGUGCUCACGAAGAGCCAGCCGCUCUCUUUACACGUGACACUGGCACUUACAGUGGUGACUAUUUCUUUUAAUACUGUCGUUUCUCCCAUUCUCUAUCUAUUCACUGGAGAGAAUUUCAUGGUUUUCAAGAAGUCUGUUCUUGCUCUGUUUAAGUCAACAUUCAGUGAUGACUCUUCGACAGAAAGGACACAAACCCUGAACUCAGACAUUUAAAUUCUAGAUUCUUUGGGUUGGAGAGAUGACUCAAUUAUUAAGAAUCCUUGCUGUUCUUCAACUGGAAUUCAGUUUCCAGCACUCAUCUCUGUCUGUAAGCCCCAGUUCCUAGGAAUCUAGCACCUUCAUCUGACCUCCAUGGGCAGCAUGCACACAAGAGACACACAGCCAUGUACAAGAACAAUAAAAUUUAUAUUUUUAAAAAUGAACUCUGGAACCUUAAACAAACAUAGACUCAGUCAUUUACACCACUAGAGUUAAAUUCUCUGAUUUUGUAUUCUAUUCUAUACAUCCUAGUUAAGCCUUCUAAUUAGGUCUGUAAAAAUUAAAACAGUUCCAACAGGCUGGCAGGGUGACCCAGCGGGCAAAGGCACUUGCUGUCAAGCCUGAAAAUCUGAGUUUGAUCUCUGGGACCCACAUGGUGGAAGGAGAGAAGCAACUCCUGCAAGUGUUUCUCUGACUUACACACACACACACACACACAAAUGUAACUUAAUUUUUAAUUGAAAAAUAAUAAUAAUAACGCAGCCCUCAAGGAAAGAAGCCAACAGGUCAGGAUGGAAGGAUGGUUUGAAUUUUUUUGCAUUUUUUUCUCAAUUCUUUUUUACUUGUGAUAAGAAGACAGGCAGCAUAAAACUUGGCAUUUGCUCUUUUUUGGAGGGGGACUGAGACAGGGUUUCUCUGUGUAGCCCUGGCUGUCUUGGAACUCACUCAGUAGACCAGACUGGCUUUGAACUCAGAAAUCCACCUGCCCCUGCCUCCCAAGUGCUGGGAUUAAAGGCGGGAGCCACCACUGCCCGGCAGCAUUUGCUCUAUUUAAUUGUUACUUUGUUGACAUUGUGGAGUUUUUUGUGGUUUUUUUUGGUUUUUGGUUUUUGUUGUUGUUGUUGUUUGUUUGUUUUUUGUUGUUUUUG